AAAUUUAGAUGUCAAGGUAUAAAAUUAUAAACCGUGAUACUAUAAUUAGAAUAUAAAUACGUAAUACAUGGUUGUCCUCCAUUCAGAUCUCGUUUCCAUUUAGGCAUCGAUCCAAGAGUAUCGUAAACUAUCCCGUCAUCCUUGCCACAAGGAUACACGUAUCCUCCCUUCUCUCUUUCGAGUGUCCGGUUUAAAGUUCUCGAGUCUAAUUCCUGUGGCGGCGCUAUCGGGUCGCCUGCAACAAUUAUUACACGAACAUUCAUCUAAUUCGAUCGUCUUAACUCAAUUGUGACAUCGUCUUAAAUGCCAUUAACCGAGAACGGUUCGAUUCAAUGAUACGAGACAAAUAUAUCUUGACCAUCGCGUGUUACGUUCCAUUAUCGCCUACUACGAAAUCAAUUACAUCUACUCGUUUUCGUUUUAAUCGAAUACUUUGAUUUCUCGUUAAUUCUGCACUAGCUUUUCAGCUAGUAUUUUAAUUAGGUUCUGUUUCAACUCUCUCGGCAAGCUGAUUGAUCUCAUAAAAUUAAGCCCUUGAUAUUCGUCCAACUUUCCGACUACUUGUACCAAAUUAACGUAACAAGUACCGUAAAUACUUUGGAAAAUAUAGUAAAAUAUGAAUUCGAAUAAGUCGAGAAGGGUUAAAAAUGUAGUAGCGUUCUUCGGACUCCAAGAAUAACAUCGAGUAGGGGGAAAUUGUUAUCGUGCAUGUUUAAUCGAGAUAAGAGUUAUUUGAAGCGAUAAACCUACGUAGGGUUCUCUUGAUCGGUCUUAGUUGCUUGGCAAUAUAUUUAUGACAGGCAGUUGCUCUUCCUGGAUAAAAUAUGCCGUCUGCCACGAAAGCCGGGGAGAUAUCAGUUAAGUGAUAAUCGAGCGGAGGUGGUUCUGGAAACUGAUGCACUGUGUUAGAAAAUUCGACGACUCGUACAAAGAUAUCUUACCAUAAACAUUUUCGAAAUCACUGUAAUUUACUGAAGUAUUUUGAAUUUUCUAUUUGCAACACGUCAUGUCGAUAACACAAUCGUUACAAAAUCAUCGACCGAUGAUUCAUUUAAGUUUUAUGGAAACUGCGCUUGUCAUUGCAAACAGAGAUACCUAUGGGUAGCCCUUUGAUAACGGAAAACCGAUAAACAUUACUUAUCGCGUUCGAAUUUUGAAGUAUCUUUAGGAAACACGAUUACAAUGUCUUUAAUUACACCAUCGAGUAGUUCUGUUAAAUUACGAGGUAAAAAUCGAAAUCAAUGACGCGCUGAAAUCUUCACGAGCAAUCGAGACUUCGCGCCACUCUUGCGAACUUCACGGAGAUGCUAUAACCUACUUCACCGAAAAUUUGUCGUCACCGAAUAUUUUUAAAAAUGUUCAAUAACCCUCGUUCGCAUUAAUGGAUCGUGGACAUCGUUCGAGGAAGAAAUCUUCGAAGGAUGACAAAACCAAGAAGGUUUCAUCGUCGACGACCACGUUCGGUAGCCGAGUGGACAAGUCAUCUCCGGAAGUGACAGAACAAUACCUCUUCCUUCUCGAGUUCUUCAUCCACCACCUAACCAGCGAACGUUUGGCCAAACUAAAUCAGAUGUUCUUCGUCCCUACCACCAUUUCCGUGGAGUUCCUAAAUUUCAAGGACGAAGAUGGUAUCCAAAUCACCCCGGUGGACCCUCUGUUCCAGCCUCAAGCCGGCGUGGCCGACGACAUCGAGUAUUUCUUCUCGGGUCGCUCGAUACUGUUCGCCAUCGAUCAGUACUCGGUGAUCAACAAGAUCUUAGACUUGGUGAUCAAACUGUGCGUGCACAAGGCGAUGCCAGAAGGCGUAAAACCUGACGUGCUGGUCGGCAAAGGCGAACUGGACAUGACGAUGCCCUUUUCCGCGCUGAGAAAAGAGAUGCUCCAAUGCUGGCACAAAAUGGCGCCUCCCCCGAGGGUGUUCGAGGGCGAGGUACCCCUGAUGUACAACGAGGAGGAAAUUGGGAAUGUAUGCAUGUUCGUGAGGAUCUCCGCGUUCGGGCAGACCAUCGUGACCGAGUUCGAGUCGCCUCCAGAACGCACGGUGUCCUCGUACGUUUUCAAGGGUGUCGAGGACAAGUCGGCGGCGUACAAAUGCCGCAUCGUGGACCCGCACGUCGCCGACGUCUGCAGGGACUCGAAGGACGACCUAGCCGCCGGAGGACCUCCUUGUCGCGUGUGCGUUAAAGAGCAACACCCUUGCACCCCGUGCGGAGACCCCUGCGGAGCCACCCUGAAGCCGAACGUCAGCCGCGGAAGACAAUGCGCUGGAGCGGAUAUACGACCGAGUCCGGGGUCGAGGUCGCCGUCGAGACCGAACUGCCAUCAGGCCGGUUUGAUUCAAUCGAGCCGGGGGCCGGCGCAACCGUGCGGAAAGGCGGUCGUUCUGAAGGUGUCCGGUAUCCUAGACACUGGCACCGACAAGAAACCUACGGUCACCGUGGCGCCAGAAUGUGACGCGAUCGAUCCGAGUAACGUCGAUCCUGAACAUGACGUUUUUGUGCUGAGGAUUGGGAAAAAGGGGAUCGUGGGAGCUGGAGAGAAGUCGGAUAUACAGCUGGAGAUGAAGACGCCGAAGGGCCCGGAGAGGGGCCCUCCCAUCAGGUACGAGACCAGGGAAAUGCAGACUGAUGAGGGCAAAGGGAAGAAGAAAAAGAAGAAGAAGAAGAAGUGAUUCAUUUAUAGAUAAA